UCUACGAGACUCCUUGGAGAAACGACACCUAAUUUAUGGCGUUCAAAAGUCAAAUAUGUGUCAACAAAAUGUCAACGAUGUUUUAAAUGACAAAUGGAUGCAUGUGGGUGUUUCUCCACACAGGUCUAAGGCAACGAUGCCAUUUUCAAUCACAAAGGUUCUUCACUGCAGGUCCACAACCGCUCAUUUAGAGUACCCCAAACACCUGAUAUCAGCCAAAUUGCCUCUCGGAAGGCGAUAACGUUCUCUCUGAGUCGUCUAAAGUGUUUUGUUCGAGCCAGUGUAGGGCCGCUAUGAUUCAUGAAUGGUUUUGUGAUGCUGUUUUCUAUGUGAAAGCCACCCCUGUGUUAGCAGCCAACUGGGGGAAAUCCUGUAGCGACUUGCUGGGAGAGAGAGGGCUCAACGCUCGGCCGUGCAGGUGAGUGGAAACAGGAGCUGCACUUGUGUUUUUCUUAAGAGUUUAUGUGCUGUCUUUGGAAGUGUCCUGUUACGCUGCUCCUUCCCUGACCCUCUGACCCUCCCCCUGCAUCAAAGGUAAGCCAAUUACUUCCAUUACUUUAGUGUGGCAUUGUCAAUGGAGUUGUGCCCUAUUGAUUUGCACUGCCCACUGAGGAUUGUUUUUCUAAGCAACAGGUCAUCUGAAGAAUUUUUAACCCCCUGAUUUGAAAAAGCUGCCUUAAUCAAAUUCCCUCUACCUGUCAGCGCAGUUGGUCUCAAGUGCUUCGGUUUGUUUAAAAACAUGAUGGAAAGGGAUAACUGUAAAUUUCACCUGGAAAAACUAUGUAUAUAUGUUUUAAGCGUUUUCCAAAACAUGACGUUUUAUCUAGACAAACCAUGAGUUCCUUAAAGUGGCCUUCACCUCUCCUUCAGAGGCCAUGUGUCACUAGCCCUUGUUUGAUGUUGUCAUUAUGUCUGUGAAAUAUGUGACUGAUGGCGGGCUGAGAGGCUGUGGGCACUCGUCCACAACACCACUGUGACCAGGCGAGGCAACCAGGAAGCGCUGAACUCACAGAGGCAGAUUGGAUGUGAAGAGCCCUUUGAGAGGAACACAGACCUGGGCGAGCAGAGAUGUGAGGAGAGAUUGACAGGGGUCAACGCCAGCCCUCCUGGAGGUCACCGCCAGGGUCAGAAAAGAGUGGCCAGUUGCUCUUUAUGGCAGAAGAUUUUUUUUACGAUGUGGUUGAAGCUGUCGAGGGACCCACCUUUUCCUCCUUUCACUUGUUCCUGGAGUGCUCAAUGCUGGUGGCAGAGUAUGUGAGGGAGCAGGGCGCAGUGACGGACCAGUUAAGCCGGCGACAAGUCAGGAUUUACCAACUAUACAGCCGAACCAGCGGGAAGCACGUUCAGAUUCAGGGCAAGAGGGUCACCGCCAAUGCUGAAGAUGGCAAUACUUACGCACGUCUCUUUGUGGAGACCGACACCUUUGGUAGUCGUGUGCGGAUCAAAGGUGCAGAGAGUGGUUGUUACCUCUGCAUGAACCGGAAGGGGAAACUAGUUGGAAAGCCCAAUGGAAGAAGCAGGGAUUGUAUCUUUACUGAAAUCGUUCUGGAGAACAAUUACACCGCCUUCCAGAAUGCCAAGUAUGAGGGUUGGUAUAUGGCUUUCACCAGGAAAGGGAGGCCCAUCAAAGCCUCGAAGACAAGAGAGAACCAGAGAGAGGUUCAUUUCAUCAAGAGGCUACACAAGGGCCCAUUGCCUUUUCCCAACAUGGACCAAACCAAACAUUUUGAGUUCAUCCGUUUUCCGCCAACCCGGCGAGCGAAACGGAACAGGAAAUCACAGACUUCUACCUAACACUGAACAGACGUGGACUCGUAUUAUCUACAAAUAAGAAGAAAAAGAUGCAAUUCUAUUUUUGUAUAUUUUUAAUAGGUAAAGAUACUUAAAAUGCCAAAAACAUUGUAUGUAAUAUCACUGUAAAAUGAUGACAUGUAAAUACUGUAAGAGAGUAAAGAAGAUGGAUGUAUAUAUUUAAUAAGACUGUGUGUGUUAGCUGUAUGAUUGGAGGAUAUCAUUGGAAGAACAUGGGGUAUGGGUACAUUAAUAAACAUGCUCUGCUUGAUUGGCACAACAUUUCAGCGUGACAAAUGCAACUUUUAGCUUU